GACGUCAUUUCUGCGCUACUUUCUUCGUUGUCUUUGAGGUAUCUAGCCGCCUCUGGGAACUAUGCCUAAAGUAGUGUCCCGGUCGGUUGUCUGCUCCGACACCCGGGACCGCGAGGAAUAUGACGACGGCGAGAAGCCUCUCCACGUCUACUAUUGUUUGUGCGGCCAGAUGGUCCUGGUUCUGGAUUGUCAGUUAGAGAAAUUGCCCAUGAGGCCCCGGGACCGAUCCCGUGUGAUUGAUGCUGCCAAACAUGCUCACAAAUUUUGUAAUACAGAAGAUGAGGAGACUAUGUAUCUUCGGAGGCCUGAAGGCAUUGAACGACAAUACAGGAAGAAGUGUGCAAAGUGUGGACUACCACUGUUCUACCAGUCCCAGCCGAAGAAUGCCCCUGUGACCUUCAUUGUGGAUGGAGCAGUAGUGAAAUUUGGUCAGGGUUUUGGGAAAACAAAUAUAUAUACUCAGAAACAAGAGCCUCCAAAGAAGGUGAUGAUGACCAAACGGACUAAAGACAUGGGCAAGUUCAGCUCUGUCACUGUGUCUACCAUUGAUGAAGAGGAAGAGGAGAUUGAGGCUAGGGAAGUUGCUGACUCAUAUGCACAGAAUGCCAAAGUGAUUGAAAAACAGCUGGAGCGCAAAGGCAUGAGCAAGAGGCGACUGCAAGAGCUGGCUGAACUGGAAGCCAAGAAAGCUAAAAUGAAGGGGACCUUGAUUGACAACCAGUUCAAAUGACCAAGACUUUUCUCUGAGCCCAGACUGGAGGCAAGCAUUUAGAUCAAGAAGAAAAAUAACUUCUUGAUUACAUGGACUGGUUUCUGUUUAUUCCCUAGGAGGAGUCUUUAUUUUGCUUCCGAUUGAUUCUCUUGCAUUCAGUGAGGUCUUUGAGUCCAUUUGACCUGAUUUCUAGGAGAUGAAUUUUUCUAAGUCUUUACGUAGGUUUUAUGAACUAUUUUUUGUCCAUUUGAUAUAAAAUUCUUCAGCUACAUAAAAACUUUAUGAAUAGAUUAGUGCUGAGUGUGUCUAGUUUCUAAAAUGACUUUUUAUUCCUUUUUCAGUUAAUAGAAUAUUGAAAGAUUUUUGGAAAAAUAUUAUGGUGUGUCAUAGAGAAAAGUAGCAUGAAUUAUAUGUAAAAUUACAGCAAGUCAUAUCCUUUUUAAGUGACUCUGUCUCUGGUCUUAUAAUGGCUCUUAGAAUUGGCAAUCUUUGUCCUGUCAGCAGAGUUCCAUUGAAAGUCAAAAUCUGCAUAAAGUUCUCUUUACUUCAAAUAUUAAGAGUUAUAGGUGAGCCAUACCAUAUCAGACUUUAUACUUAAAGAAGGAGAAGCUACAGGGCUGGGUAUAUUGCUCAGUCAUAGAGUGCAUGUGAGGCAUGUGUGAGGUCUGGGUUCCAUCCCCAGCACCACAUACGUGUGUACAUGCACACACACCCCAAAGUGAAAAGCCAGAUUGUGUAGUGAGAGAGUUGGUUAGCUCAGAUUUGAAUUAUAAAAGGAUCUUAUUAAGUAACCCAAGGGAGCUGCUAUCUAGUGAAACAGCUGGGUGUACUGCUUCUCUGUGUGGGUACAUGAAAUAAAUAAAAUUUUCUGCUAGGUAUUGUUUAUUUUACAUUUGUUAUUUGCAGAGGAAUGUUGUGUAUAUAAAUAUUUUAUGUCAUGCUGCUUCAGUGAUAUCAAUAUCUGUAUAUUUGUAUUAAUAUUUUUAUCUAUUCCCUGUAUUACACAGUGUAGGGUCAGAAAGCAUGUUAACCUCCUCAUAUUAUCUAUAAUGGAUCACAGUUAUUAGCAAGCAUCCAAGAUUUGUUUGUGAGGUGCUGCUGGGAAAUGGUAGAACAGUUUUCUUUGUGUCUUUUCUGAUUUUUUUUGUUUUUCUUUCUUUUGGGGGAGGGUACUGAGGAUUGAACUCGGGGGCAUUCAACCACUGAGCCAUAUCCCUAUCCCUAUAUUGUAUUUUAUUAGAGACAGGGUCUCACUGAGUUGCUUAGUGCCUUGCUAAAUUGCUGAGGCUGGCUUUGAACUCAUGAUCCUCCUGCCUCAGCCUCCUGAGCUGCUGGGAUUACAGGAGUGUGCCACCGUGCCCGGCCUCUGAUUUCUUUAUUGCACAGAAAAGUAGGUUGGAAUCAGAGUAGAUAUAAUCUAGCAACAGAUAUACAAAAGAGGGAUGGAGUCCUGAGAAGGCCCAAAAUAGGGCUGUGUUACCAUCUUCCAGGUUAUUCUACAUUCCAUGAGGCUUUUUGCAACUGAGUCUUUCUCUUCACCUCAUUUCCUGUCCUUAUUCUGAGAAAGAAGUAACAAUCACGUGGAUGACCUCCUCACAAUUUCUAACCUCAACUCCAGACAAUGACCUCUACCUUUACUUCACUUUAGUCAUAAGCUCCCAUGAUUACAGCCUGGAUAUCAUCUACACAACCUCUGAAAUCCAAUAUUUUGUUCUCUGAUCACAAUCAUUCACUUCUUCUGAAGCUGUUUUGUUUUUAGAUUUGAAGGGUGAUUGUUAGUAGUAAAUAAUGAAAAAUAGUAGUAGUAGUAAUAGCAAAAAUACUCACCACUCUUUAUUGAGUAUUUACUAUGUGUCAGGUGCCAGGGAAAGUACUUUACAGGUAUUACCUAAACAACACGAUAAUUCUUAAAGUUUAGAUGUUACUAUUCCCAUUCUAAAAAUGAGUAUUCUGACAUUCAGAGAGUUUAAGUUUCCUAAGAUCCCCUAGUCAGUAUGUGGUAAAGACAAAAGUUUGAUUUUAAAACUAGAACAGGAAAACUGCUUCUCCUGUGGAAUUUUUAAAAUAUAUAUUAUUAAGAUCAGAAUGCAGUUUCAUUUUGAGAAACCAAAUAAAGUGCAUUAUAAAAAUUCUUGCAUAGAGAACUCCUUAUAAUAAAUCUGUAGUUACAUUUCUACAUAUUUUCUGAAAUAUUUGUCUUUAGAUACUAGUUCUAAACCAUUUCAACAUCUGGUUCAAGUUAUGCAUUUUGUUUCUUCUAUAUGAUUGUGAAAUGUUAUGUCAUUAACACCAAGCCACAUAUGCUCUUCAUUAUGUUUUAUUCUUUUAUAUUGAAAUAAUUGUUAAAAAAUAACAUAGUUCCUCUAAUCUGUUAACUCAUAUUAUAGCACAUACAGUGUUUUAAUGUUAGUACAAAGAGAUAAAGAGCCAUAUUGAAAUUUUGGAGGGUCUUGUUCCUUUUUUUUUUCUUUUUGCAAAAUAUCCAUUGUGAGAAAAAUAUUAAAAUGUGUGUGAAAUAUU